ACCUCAGUGUCCUCAUGAUACAUAUAAUCAAGCGCAUAUUAUUCCAACAGUCGGAAUGCACAGCUCUCCCCCUCCGGACAGUAUUCUCCUUGAAACCGUAUCUCAACGCAAGUGUAAUCCAUUUGACGCUUUGUAGGCUGCCAGUGCAGGUUCUGACAUGCUCAGCAUCGACGACACGCUCAUUGCAUGCAUCUUCUGUGCAUCUGCAGCUUUUUGCUCCUAUGAUUACUUCCUCACGUUCAGUGAAGAGAUCCGGUACAUCUGGAGAAUGCGCUUUUCCCUGACCACCGUGCUGUUUUGCCUCUUUCGGUAUCCUGUUCUGAUAAACACGGUGUUACUUGUCCUUGGACUGCACUCUUGGCCGAGCUGGCAAUCGGAUUCGUUGCAACGUCGUUAUCAGGUUACAGGUUAUCCUUUACGUGAUCACUAUGUCCAGCGCAGCAGUGUACACCGCGCUUCGAGUUUACGCAGUUUACAACCGGAAUAUCUGGCUAGCAGCGCUCGUCUUUUGUCUGGCACUUCUACAUGUGUGCAUUUCUGUCGGAUCAUUGGCGCACGAGUCGCGUUGCUCGUAUCUGACGGACUGGUGCUGUCGUUGACAUGGCUGAAGACCUAUCGACUGAGGAGUGUGAACUGCCUCUUUCAGGCAUCAACUCUUAGCGUGGCGCUCUUCACGGACUCCGGUGUCUACUUCACGUUUCUCUGUGUUGCGAACGCCAUUGCGAUCGCUAUCGCAAAAUUUAGCGCUCUUACAUUCGCGAUGAACGCCUGGCUCGCUGCGCUCACGUCCAUCUCUUUAUCGCGCUUGACGUUUCAUCUGAGGGAAUUGUCAAUCAAUAGUGCUUACGGAGAAGAGACUUCUUCUGCGGUUGAGACAAGCGCAGAAUUUUCCACAACUGGGCGCGAAAUUGAACUAUAUGAUUUCACGGACAGCAUGCUAGAAAAGGAAACACAUCUGCCGCAAAAAUCCGAUGUAUAAUGUGGAAUUCUCAUGUAUUGUAGCUUGAGAUUUACGAGA